AUGGGAACCACCAGCAACCUAGAUGAGCGCAGCCGGAGGGAAAUCAGUAUCAAUGGGUGGCUGAUUGCGCUCUCGGCCAUAGUCUACGGCCUGAGAAUUUUCGUUCGCAUACGCAUCACGAAAUCGCCCGGUCUCGACGACGUACUCGCGGGCGUCGCUUGCUUUCUGCUUAUGAUGCAAUCUGGGAUGGAUAUCCAGAUUCAAACAGGCACCGCACCGGAAGCUAUCCAAGUAAGAUUCUUCAGGUUGUUGACGAUCGAGACUCUCGUUUACUUUUGGACUAUCGCUACUGUGAGGGUCGCUAUUCUUGCUUUCCUGCCUCGGAUUGUUAGAGACAGAUUCGUUAGUAAUGUAUCAUGGGCUGUUGCUGCGGUAAUCCUCGCGCAAACGAUCGCUUGCUUCAUAUAUAGACUUCUCGAGUGUCAGCCAAUUGCGGAUAUCUUCAAGUCUCCGGCGCUUCCAGGGCUUCACUGUGCCGGUGAGGUUAAGAAUAAUACGAUGAUGAUAGGACACGGUAUAGUUGGCGUCAUUAUCGACGGGGUUCUCCUAAUACUACCCAUCUGGAUGAUAUGCAAGAAGAUGAUAUGGUCCAAGAAGAUGCUUCAGAUUGUACUGGUCCUCAGCGUCGGGGUAUGUGCGGUGGUCAUAGGUUCCAUCCGUCUGUCCGUAGUAGCGAGACUAGACUUUGAUUCUGGAGAUUUGAUUGCCAACAUGCACUCCCUAGGAAUUUGGACCACUCUUGAAGGCCAUAUCGGCCUAUGGUGCGGAUGCUUCCCCGCGCUGCAGCCACUCCUGCGCUUCGCGCCUUGCGUGUCCAACAGGUUCAACGCUGUCAGCUCGAUAAACAGCGCCGGCCAAAAUAAGACCGGAACUGCGACCGGGCCUGGUGCGACGAGGAGAGGGUGCCGAGGAAGCAGGAGGAGUUGUACGACGGCGGCGGCGGGCAGCGAGAGCCAGUGCGCAAUUGUAUUACCGGACAUAGAUAAACCUGAGACAGGAACACGAGAUGCAGAUGCAUCUAUUGUAUAA